AUGUCUGCUUUCUACUCUGAGCUCAGGAUCAAACAACGCUGGGGGUUCGUGGUUUACCGCACAGAUUACUCAUCCGAAGAGCUUUGGCAAAAGUUCAUGACCUUAAUGGAAAACUGGACCAUGAGGAUCAUUAAGAACAAGGGACCUCGUUUGGCUCCGAUAAUACACUCCUGGCAANAGAUGUGGUAUUUCGACUCUCAAGAUCAAUUUGACAAUGCUUCUAUCGACCAUCUUCGCGAUCACUUCAAGGAUACCUGGUUCGCUGGGCUAUCAACCGAGGAACGAACUGAUAUAUGGCCUGAACAUUACAUGUUUCUGGUCGCAGACAAAGAGGCGCAAGAAUCUGUUCGUCCUCUCGAGGUUGAGCUCCCAAGGUGUUAUCGUGGUGAGUAUCCCUAUCUCACGGUCUGGGAUAGAGAUGCACCAUCUGGGAAUAGCGAUUACCCUGGUUGGAUGAAGAUUACCCUCNCCAAUGUCUUUUAUCUGUAUGAGAUGGCUUUGAUGAUUGAUCUCAAGGAGAUGCGGGCUCUACGCUCGAGGUCCACGGACUGGUGGAGUAGGGAUUUGGUUUGGUAUGAGGAUGACCAUUAUGGAGAUCAGGAAGAGGAGGAACAUGCAGAUGAAGAAGAAGGUGGUUUUGAGUGA